AUGUCACCGCGUGAGGCGACGAAGCGAACGCGGCAGGCGCCUCGGGUUAACAAGGGCGCAGCAACGUCGAUGUUGUGGUGCCCGUCACUGCCGUACUGCGUCAUUGCAGUCGGCAUCUGGGGCCUCCUUGCGUGCCUGAUGGCGUUACUGCUUACGAGGACUUCACACCUAAGCCGGUUAGACACCGUUCAUGAGGGAAAUGACACUUAUCGGCUUUCCGAGGGGUGUAGCAUCGGGUGUGACACGACAUUUGGGACCAUUUUGGGUGUAGCCAACGGUGUCUUUGGGUUUAGUAACUGCAAUGCGACGACCUGCAUCUCCAACAUCUGGCACCCCAUGCACGCACUCAUGGGUCCUGCUGGUAUUAGUAGUAGUAGUGGGAUAGGUCCCGGGAACAUGAGCGGAAUUGAGUGGCAAUGUGUGGAGUUUGCAAGGCGCUAUUGGAUGCUUCGUGGGACGCCUGUGCCGGCGUCCUUUGAAAAGGUGGCGGGGGCCGCCGACAUUUGGUCACUGACCUCUGUGCAGCUUCUCGACGGCUCGACCACGCCGCUGCUCAAGUAUGCCAACAACGUCUCAGCCCGUGCUGGCGGCUCCGCCCCACGCGUUGGCGACCUCCUCAUCUACCCGCGGCAGGAGGGUGGCUUUCCGUUUGGCCACGUUGCCGUGGUUGUGGCUGUGAAGAGCGAGUCUCUCCUUGUAGCGGAGCAGAACUGGGACAACAAGGUGUGGCCCGCGCCGCACCACAACUACUCUCGUGAAAUUCCCAUGCAUCACAACACCAAGGAGGAUAUCUACGAGGUCGCCGAGGCGGACAAGAGAACCAUUACUGGAUGGGUGAGGUACGCCGAGUAG